GAUAAAACGUUAUCUUAAUAUCGGACAUGCUGUUAAAAAGAACCUAAACUGUCAAUUGCAUAACCACAGUGUCUAUAUGAGGUCAAUGGCUGAGAAUUUUUUACUGAACUCCUAGCUUUUUCGGUGCAAACAAAACAAAAUUUUUCGGCUAUGGCCGCAACAGCUAGUAAUUCGAUUUUAAGGUUUGGCAAGAAUAAUGACUUUUGCACAAAUCGGCUUUUUUGUCAUUUGAGAGACACAAAAUCUGCGGUCGUUUUGCAAAGAAAUUUUUCGCGCUUUGCCGCGAACGACCAAACGCUGGCCGCUCUCGCCGAUGUGAAUUCUUGAAAUGUUUCGCUUUGCUUAAACGACUGAAGAAAAGCGCCCUCUAAGAUGGUAAGUAGGUAAAACACAUGUCAAUUGAACAGUUAUGAAGGGCAGACAGGAUUUCUAAGGCGAUGAGCUCAAACAUAAUCCCUGGACCAAUCGAGAAGGUUUUUAAAGUAUUCUACUGACGACAAAUCCGCUAACCGUUUGGCCGUACAUGUAGUGAUGUCCACGUGGAAAAUUGCGCGCGCUCAGUUUUUCAGUCGACGAAUCGCGGUACAUAUAUUUUUUCUCCAAACUUUCUGUAAAAUUCUCUACUUUCUUUUCAGUAGAGAUACAAAGCUGAACUUGGUCGAUCCGCGGUACGCACGGUCAUAUUUUGAAGGAAAUCGAUAUAUGGCAAAUUGUUUCCGGUUUCGUUUGACGAAAGGAAUGACUAUGCGACAACAGAGAGAUUAUGUCCAAAGGUCCGCGAUGCGAGACACUGAUGUCCGAGCUAAAAGGUCAGAUCGGAAAUACAAACUGAGGAUAUUUUUUCUUUCAACCUUAUGUGCAAGCUUGCUACAAUAUUGCUACCACUUCGCCUCUUUUAAAACUGAAAUCUCGGUCAUGUCAUAUUUUAAUGUGCAUUUCAUUCAUAUAAACGCAUUUUAAAUCGAUUUCAUCUGUGGCUAAUUUGAUCAUACCGAGGUAUUUUUAAACAGUUAAUGUGAGAGCUCAUUCUCCACGACCAUAAUAAGAAAUUUUCGUCCUCGAGCAUGUGUUGUUGAUGUAAAUAUAGCAGGUUUCAUUGUAGAAUUCCAAGAUUGCAUUAAUGUUUCAAUUAGAAGGGUUUCCGUCGUUGAACGAUUUGCGAUAAACAAAAACAACUUUUCCAGCUUGGUCGAUCCGUAUUUUCAUCCAUAAAAGGCCGGGUAUUAAUUUUCGAGUUUUCCUCUUUCUCUAAAAGAAUUUGAUUCGUUUUGACAGAGUAUUCAAGCUCUGGUUUACUGAUUUGUAGAGAGCGGUUAAAAUAUUCCUGAUCGAAUAACAAGUGAUAUGAAUUCACAAUAUUGAACUUAUUAUUUAACCCUGUAAGAUGUUAUUAAAACUUCAAAUUAUCAUUGUCUUAGUUUGUAAGUGAUGCGCACCAUUUAAACGUGACUAGUACUGAUAUGUCUAUUAUCAGAGGUUUUUGGGACUUGCGACCUGAUGCAGACUCCAGACUGUGCGAUAUUUACCGUAUCUAACUCGAGCACCAGUUUUCGGUGUUCAUUGAUCAUUUUGAUGUAAAUAUUUACCUUUAUUUGCGGUCAGUAGAAAGCAGGAACAAAUACCAGGAUUUCUUCUGCGUUGCGCAACUUUUUUAAUGAAACCGUCGUUGUCUCGGGCAUGUCACAUUCUCGAUUGCCUACACGCAGAACUGGCCAGUUGAUUUGUUUUCAUUGUGUUACGGGAAAUAAUUCAAUGUUUUUUAUGACAGUCUUGUCUCAAGUCAGCGCUUGAGCGACAGAGGGCAACGCAAAGCUGCUGCAAUGACAUCAUUAGCCUCAACCAUCUCCGGCGUAAAACGAAGUGAAGCACCUAAAACUUAGCAGCGUCAAAGGGCACGUAAACAAUUCUACAGUAAUUGUGUACGCGCAACAUUCAUCCCGUGCAAAACUUGGGCUCCGAAGCUGCUUUUGUGAAGUCAUUUAUCCCUGGGUCCAUCGUAACGGUUGUGGGCUUAAUCAGAACCCUCUUGUGACAGUGCCUAAUGAUUUCCCUGACACUAAUGACAACUUCUAGUUACAACUCACCCACAGCGAGGAGGAUCAGCGUCUUAUCAAAUCAGGGAAACAGCAGCAAAUCCUUGUCUGUUUCCUACUCGUGUCUUGUAUAGUAAAGAAAACAAACAGCGCAGUUUUGUGAUGUAGAAAUUCUUUUCUUUCUCACCAGGUAAUUUGUGUCAACGCGAAUAACGUGGCUAUCGACAAGCUGGCUUGUGAUUGGCUAGUUUCAUGCUCUCCGUGGGCGUUCCUAGAAGUCCUGUAGCUGUCUACCAAAACACUUCAUUGAAAGUCACUGCAACGCGGCUCCUGCUCUAGUAAUCACCGAAAACCUGUACUAUGAAGACACUAUCCACCGCUGUAUUUAUAAUUAUUUUGAUUCAUCAAAUUUGCGCAGCGACGGACAAGAAACCCUUGAAAGGUCGCGCGCACGGCUCUAGCGGUCUUCCAAACAACAAUGGACGCGUUGAAUACGAGAUAACGUUAGUGGAGCGGGUAAACCGCAAUGGGAGAAGACUCUCGCCUCAUAAACAUUUUAUAAAAUACGAACACAGAGGUCUAAGGACAGGCACAGUUUACUAUAGACUCGCCGCGUUUGGGCGCACUUUUCAAUUUCGCUUGGAGCGGGACGAUAGCUUUGUAUCGCCUGUGCUUACUGUAGAACAUGUUUAUAGCGAUACGCGCCGACUACCGUUCGCUGGGGACUUGCAGCAUUGUUUCUACAGUGGGGAAAUCCAGGGCGACCCCAACUCGACUGCCGUGUUUAAUUUAUGCAACGGGCUGGUAAGUUCACUACUUAAUUCUGUAUUUUUUGUGUGUGUCAUUAGCUGCGCGACGAGAUGCAGAAUGCGCACUGUAACGCCGUGCUGCUUUUCACUAUACGGCCUCACUGACAAAUUUGUGCGCAAUUUACUCUUUUCUUUAUUUCAGCGAGGUUCUUUCGUCUUAAACGGCGAACGCUAUUUUGUUGAGCCAGCCAACGACGGAAAGAUGAAUACAAGCGCACAUUACAGGAAAUUCCAUCUCUUGUUUCGCCAAGCUACUGUGAGAGAAGGCUUUAGUAACGCACCGUCGACUUGUGGCCUUGUGGACACCAACAAACCUCUGCAGUUGUUACGUGGCCUCCCGCCAUCCCCUUCCAACGAGACCAGCUCAAGAAGACGGCGUAAAAGAAGCAUCCAUGACAAUUUUGUUGAAACUUUAGUGGUCGCUGACAAGACAAUGGUGGACGCGUUCGACAACAAGGCCGAUUUACAAAGCUAUAUCAUUACUCUUAUGGGAGUGGUUGCCCAAUUGUAUCGAGACAGAAGCAUUGGUAAUUCCAUUAACAUUGUAGUGGUGAAGAUAGUUUUUCUAGAAACCGACGAGCCCGAUAUCCGUAUUUCGACAGACGCGACGAGUACUCUGAAAAGUUUCUGUCGCUGGCAGAAAAAAGUAAUGGCAAAAGACCAGAGUCACCCAGAACACCAUGACACAGCCAUCUUACUAACAAGGACGAAUAUAUGUCGAUCAGUUGGAAAAUGUGGCACAUUAGGUCUUGCCGAACUUGGAACUAUGUGUCAUCCAUCAAGGAGCUGUGCUUUGGCCGAGGACAAUGGACUGAGCACAGCUUAUACGAUAGCGCAUGAACUGGGACAUGUUUUCAGUCUUCCUCAUGAUGGCGAUAAUAACAGGUGUACCCGGAGCCGCAGAGAUCAACACCUCAUGGCGCCAUCACUCAGUUUUGACACCAAGCCGUGGUCAUGGUCCAACUGCAGUCGCGAGAAAAUCACGCAAUUCUUAGAUCUAGGAUAUGGAUCCUGCUUGUCAGACAAACCCGACGAGAAAACGAACGUUAAAUACCAUGACACUCUCCCGGGUGAAGUUUAUGGCGCCAACAAACAAUGUAAAAUGAUCUUUGGAGAGAGUUCGUCACUUUGUCCUUUUAUGGAACCUUGCAGACGCCUUUGGUGCGUGAAGAUGAUUGGACAAAGAAGAGGCUGCUCGACUAAUCACAUGCCAUGGGCUGAUGGAACACCUUGCGCGAAAAGACGGUGGUGCAUCAGGGGCCAAUGUGUAAAGAAACGAAGACUGAAGCCUGUUGACGGCAACUGGGGGCCCUGGGGCCCGUACAAUGCAUGCACCAGGAAAUGCGGUGGAGGUAUUACAUUCUCAUACAGGAAAUGCAACAAUCCAAUACCAGAAAAUGGAGGAAAAUAUUGUGUCGGUGAACGAAAACGAUUCAAGUCCUGUAACAGUCAGCUAAGAUAUCUGUCUUUUGUUUUACAAUCAGCGCUUCAAAGUGACAGUGGCAAUUUUCUCCUCAAUGGUGGGAUGAUUAUCGGGAUUGGAGUCAGAGAAUUCAGGGUGGACGGCGCUAAAGUCUGGUACUCAGGCUCGGACAAAGCUACUGAGCAAAUCAAAAUUGACGGGAAAAUAAAGAAACCAAUCAAAGUGCACGUCCUUGAAGUGGGAGAGGUUCGUCCCCCUAAUGUUUACUACGCCCUUAACCAAAUGGUAGCAGAACCUACAAAGUUUGUCUAUAAAUGGGACCAGCUUGGACCAUGGACUCAGUGCAGCAAGUUAUGUCAAGGGCAAAGAAAACGGCGACCAAGAUGUGUCCGCGCUAUUGACGGACAGCUCGUAUCGAAUUCACGCUGUGAUCAGAGGACUCGGCCGAGUAGUGUGACGGAAGACUGUAACAUUAGCUGCCGCCUCAGAUGGCACAAGGAAGACCCGGGAAAAUGUUCCGCACGUUGUGGGCCUGGGUACCAGAGUCGACCUGUACGGUGCAUGCGCGUUAACAGCGACCGGUGGGACAUUGUUCAAGAUAAACAUUGCCCAGGAGCCAAGCCUGCUGUGGUUGUUCCAUGCAAGGGGACCUGUGAGGGAACCAGAUGGGUGUACACUAAGUGGACACAGUGUUCGAAAAGUUGUGAUAAAGGAGAGCAGUCUCGGCAAGCCACCUGUGUGGAUACCUUUGGAGAAAGCUUGAUCGAUCGAGAUUGCCGACCAAAAGACAAGCAAACGCUAAGACGACAAUGUAACAGUUUCAAGUGCCCGUGGUGGACAGAAGGAGACUGGAGCUCGUGCAGUGUGACGUGUGGCUCGGGACAGCAGACCCGUCAAGUGAAAUGUACAUCAGAGCAGGGAGUAGCUGUUGCACAUAAAAAGUGUGACGCGAACAAAAAGCCACUCACAACAAAGUCAUGUGACCUGAAGAUUCCCUGUCCUUAUUGGUUCGCAGGAAAAUGGACAGACUGCUCCAAGACGUGCAGCACGGGAUUCAAGACUAGGCAAGUUCUAUGUCUGUCCGGGAGAGGACUGGUCGCCAGCGCCGUAGACGAUGAGUUAUGUUCCGCUGACACCAGACCAGUUUCCCGUAGAGAGUGCAAACUUCAAGUUUGCCCGGCGACGCUGUUCGAAUUUUACGAGGAAAAGCCAAAGGAGUUUUAUUGGAGAAUCACAGUCUGGUCCCAAUGUUCUGUGACAUGUGGAGAGAAGCCUGGAACACGGUACCGUAACGUCGAGUGCGUGAAGGUGAAGCCUGGGAAACAGGAAGUUACAGAAGAACAGGAAGUUGUUCGUGAACAAUAUUGCGAAAGCACUCCAAAACCUGCCGAUACAGAGUUGUGCAAGGUCCUACCGUGCACGAGCUGGAAGCAUGGGUCCUGGGGAAGAGUAAGUUGCUCAGUUUCCUGUGGCGACGGUCAAAGACAGCGGACCGUUGAUUGCAAAUCUACAGACGGGAAGUCAAGUUCCGGAUGUGACGAGGGAAAUAAACCUGCAAGUAAAGAGGACUGUAACAUCAGACCGUGUCCUUAUUGGAUAAAGGGAGACUGGGCCAAAUGCUCCGUGACUUGUGGCUCAGGAAUUAAAGUUCGCUCAGUGGAAUGCAGUGAUAAGGACAUAAGCUGUGACGCGUGGGCAAAACCUCCGACUACACGACGAUGUGAUCUUGAAGCAUGUCCAGAGUGGAUAGCAAACCCAUGGGAAGAGUGCUCGGUCUCUUGUGGCAAAGGCCAAAGACAGCGGACUGUUGGUUGUAAGUCUGAAAAUGGACAGACAAGUUCCGGAUGUGAUGAAAAAAUCAAACCACCUGUUAAAGAGGACUGUAACAUCAGACCAUGUCCGUAUUGGAUGACAGGAGACUGGGGCAAAUGUUCAGUAACUUGUGGCUCCGGAAUUAAAACUCGUUUACUUGAAUGCAGCGAUAAAGAUAUAAGCUGUGACGCAAGAACGAAACCGCCGACUACGGAACGAUGUGAGCUAAAAGAGUGUCCUGAGUGGAAAACAAGCCUGUGGGGAGAGUGCUCAGCUUCCUGCGGCGCAGGCACAAGGCAGCGGGCUGUUGAUUGCAGAUUCACUAAUGGCCGGUCAGGUCCCGGAUGUGACGAGAAAGUCAGGCCAACUGCUAAAGAGGCCUGUAACAUCCGACCGUGUCCUUAUUGGAUAACGGGAGACUGGAGCAAAUGCUCUGUUACUUGCGGCUCAGGAGUUAAGAAUCGAUUCGUGGAAUGUAGUGAUGAAGAUUUCAGCUGUGACGCCAGAACAAAGCCGCUGGCCACAGAACGCUGUGAACUUGAAACGUGUCCGCAGUGGACAACAGGCGCUUGGGGGAUGUGCUCAAAGACUUGUGGUGAUGGUUUCAAAAGACGUACAGUACAAUGUGAAGGCGGCAGCGCCCGAUGUGAUAGCAGCAGCAGACCACAAAGCAUUGCGAGAUGUAAUCUUGGGCUGUGUCCAGAAUGGAAACCAGGGCCUUGGAGUCAGUGUUCAGUGACGUGUGGUAGCGGCCUUAAGAAACGCACCGUGGAAUGUGUCGGACUCAAUUCCAGGUGUAACCCAAACAUCAAACCACGGUCAACCUUGACAUGUAACAAAAGACCUUGUCCGAAGUGGAGAACAGGGGAGUGGAGUAGGUGUUCAAAGUCGUGUGGAAACGGAAAGAAAACGCGUUCCGUGGAUUGUGUUGGAGGCUUAAACGCACAAUGUGAUUCAAAUAACAGGCCGGGUACAGUCGCCGAUUGUAACUACGGACCCUGUCCGGAGUGGAAAGUUGGAGAAUGGCAGGAGUGUUCCGUAACUUGUGGGAAGGGAUGGAGAAAGCGCAGUGUGCGAUGCGUUGGAGGAAAGUUCCGAUGUGACUACAGAAACCAACCAGACGUGUACACUAUGUGUGACAUGGGCUCGUGCCCGGUGUGGAGGGCGGGACAAUGGAGUGAGUGCUCAGUGUCUUGUGGCAAUGGGAAAAUAGAGCGACGAGUCGAAUGUAGUGAAGGAAGUGGCAAGUGUGACAGCAGAACAAAGCCACAAGCCUCAAGAAGCUGUAAUCCUGGUCGCUGUCCCGAGUGGAUUGUUGGAGACUGGAGUCAGUGUUCAGUGUCCUGUGGAAAUGGAAAAAGAGAACGCACAGUAAAGUGUAGUGGUGGACGAGGCAGGUGUGAUAGUAGAAGUGAGCCGCAAGCCACGACAAGCUGUAAUCUUGGUCCAUGUCCUGAGUGGAAAGUUGGAGAGUGGAGUCAGUGUUCUGUUUCUUGCGGGAAUGGGAAAAAAGAACGAGCCAUAGAGUGCAGUGGAGGGCGAGGAAAAUGUGACGGAAGAAACAAACCACAAUCCACAACGAGCUGUAAUCUUGGUUCAUGCCCUGAGUGGAAAGUUGGAGAUUGGAGUCAGUGCUCCGUGUCAUGUGGAGAUGGAAAAAGAAAACGCACGGUGAAAUGUAGUGGAGGAAGAGGCAAAUGUGACGCUAACACCGAACCACAAGACACGACAAGCUGUAAUCUCGGUGCCUGUCCUGUGUGGAAAGUUGGUGACUGGAGUCAGUGUUCCGUUACCUGUGGAGAUGGAUCAAGGGAGCGCCGAGUUGAAUGCAGUCGAUCAGAUGUCAGCUGUGACGCUAAUAGCAAACCACAGGCUAAGGCACGGUGUAACCCCGGCGCAUGUCCAGUGUGGCAAGUAGGACAGUGGUAUCAGUGUUCAGUGACGUGUGGAAUUGGUUCCCGAAGGCGUGCCGUCAUAUGCAGUGGAGGAAGAAAUAAAUGUGAUCCUAAAGGCAGACCAGAAGAUAUUUCUCAAUGUAACCCUGGGGCCUGUCCAGAAUGGAAAGCAGGGGAAUGGAGCAAGUGUUCUGUCACGUGCGGGAGUGGAUCGAAACAACGUAGGGUCGAAUGCAGCAGAUCGGACAUCACAUGUGAUCCAGCCAGGAAGCCGACAUCGGCAACAAGAUGUGAACUUGGUGCAUGCCCUAAAUGGGAAACUGGGGAGUGGAGCUUGUGCUCAGUAACCUGUGGAGAUGGACGGAAACAGCGCCCUGUCUCCUGUAGUGCGGGAACAAACAAAUGUGACCCAAAAACAAAACCACAGAGCUCUGUCAGUUGUAACGCUGGUUCCUGUCCUCACUGGAAAGUCACAAAAUGGUCACAGUGUUCAACAACUUGUGACGAAGGAGUUAAAGAGCGUGUAGUUGUAUGCAAUGGGAAAGCUACCAGCUGUGAUGCGGCGACCAAACCGGCUAACAAAGCGACCUGUAACCUGGGACAAUGUCCAGAAUGGAAAAUAGGAGAAUGGUCUGAGUGUUCAGUUACUUGUGGUGGCGGGUAUAAACAACGACAGAUUGAGUGUGUUAGCGGAGUGAACGCCUCUUGUGAUGAAGGAGCCAAACCAGCAGAAAAGGCCAUAUGUAAUCUUGGGCUCUGUCCAAGAUGGAAUACUGGGCGAUGGACUCAGCUUGGCAUUGAAUAUCAUGUUUGCUUCAUUAACAUUUUUCUGACAAUGAUUUUCGUUCUCUUUUCAGCGGAAGACAAACAAUUUGCAGAGACAAGGGGCUUAAAUCCUCCAUCAUAUGGAACAGCAGGAGAUUGCUACAGUGCUCAGGGAAAAUGUCCACAGGGUCGUUUUAGCAUCAAUUUACGAGAUACUGGCAUCAAGUUAACUUCUAAAGUAAUGUGGGGCUCCACUGGGCAGGCAUAUUCUCAAAUUAUCUACAGAUAUCCGUUUGUCCCUUUCCAGGAAGGACUUCAAGUUAUAGGUAAAUGUGGAGGCAGAUGUGGUGUUUGCAGCCCUGAAAGUGACGUAGGAUUACAAAUUGAAAUGGUCAAAGGUAAAAAAAACUUAUUCAUCAACGGUUUAGAUGAAUUUCUUAAAAGA